AUGGCAGAAAAAGGCCCACCCGUCGGAGCGCCUCCCGCUCAAGGCUAUCCACCACCACCUGGUGGCUAUCCUCCACCUCCUCAGGGAUACCCGCCGCCUCCUCAAGGUUACCCACCUCAGGGUUACCCCCCGCAGGGUUAUCCUCCCCAGGGGUACCCUCCUCAAGGAUAUCCUCCUCCUCCUCAGGGAUAUCCCCCGCAGCCUCAGGGAUAUCCGCCUCAGGGGUAUCCUCCUCAAGGGUAUCCUCCACAAGGACAUCCACCUCCCCCACCACAUCAGACAGUCGUUGUGCAGAAGAGAGACGGCCCCGAUGGUGGUGAUUGCUGCGCUGCUCUGUAA